CGACACAUUAAUGUUGUCUUUCCAUGAGAUAAUUAUCACGCGGUUGAGAGUUUCAAAGUAAUGCAACAUCAGAAAAAAAGGGACGGCCACCGAGCGACAUCCACUCUGCCGCCCAAGGACAAGAUUUCUUUUCUUCUGCUGGUAAUAUAAGCCUUGCUUCUGGUAGCAACAUCCUCACAGAAACCAAAGCAGUGAGAGAGAGAGAGAGAGAUGCGUUGCAUGACGACGAGAAAGCCUCAUGUAGUGUGCAUCCCUUACCCGGCGCAAGGCCACGUAACACCUAUGAUGAUGCUCGCCAAGCUCCUCCACUCCCAUGGCUUCCACAUAACCUUCGUCAACACCCAGUACAACCACAGACGCCUCCUCCGUUCCAAAGCCCUCUCCUCCGACGACGUCCUCCCCGACUUCCGCUUCGAGUCCAUCCCCGACGGCCUCCCUCCCUCCGACAAGGACGCGACUCAGGACAUCCCCUCGCUGUGUGAAUCCAUCCAGAACAACGCUCUCCCCCCCUUCCUCGACCUACUCAGGCAGCUCAACGAAGGUUCUCCGCCGGUGUCGUGCGUCGUGUCAGACGGAAUCAUGAGCUUCACCCUCGACGCCGCCAAGGAGCUCAGCAUCCCCGAGGUGAUGUUUUGGACCCCCAGCGCCUGUGGCUUCAUGGGCUAUCUCCAUUACAAACAUCUCCUCGAAAGAGGUCUCACGCCUCUCAAAGAUGAGAGUGACAUCACGAAUGGAUACCUCGACAUGGCAGUGGAGUGGAUUCCAGGAUUGAAGAACAUGAGACUGAAGGAUCUGCCCACCUUCAUUCGCACGACGGACCCCGACGACAUCAUGCUCAACUACCUCAACCGUGAGGCCCAAAGAGCCUCCAUGGCCAAGGCGGUCAUCAUGAACACCUUCGACGAACUGGAGCAGCCGGUCCUGGAAGCCAUGGCGGCGAUGCUCCCGCCGAUCUACACCAUCGGUCCUCUCACUUUGCUUUCUCGCCGAGCUCCCGACAACCCGCUGACCUCGGUCCGCUCGAAUUUGUGGAAGGAAGAAAGCGGGUGCUUGGAGUGGCUCCACGGCAGGGCACCGGCGUCGGUCGUGUACGUCAACUUCGGCAGCAUUACGGUGAUGACAAACACGCAGCUGAUAGAGUUCGCAUGGGGUCUGGCGAACUGCAAGUACGAGUUCUUGUGGGUGAUACGGCCGGAUCUGGUGAAGGGGGACGCGGCCGUGCUGCCGGAGGAGUUCCUGGAGGAGACGAAGGGGAGGGGGCUGUUGGCGAGCUGGUGCCCACAGGAGGCGGUGCUGUCGCACGCCUCCGUCGGCUGCUUCCUCACCCACAGCGGGUGGAACUCGACGAUCGAGAGCAUAAGCAACGGGGUGGCGAUGUUGUCGUGGCCAUUCUUCGCGGAGCAGCAGACCAACUGCCGGUACGCGUGCACCGAGUGGGGUGUGGGAAUGGAGAUCGACAACGACGUGAAGAGGGAAGAGGUGGAAGCGUCGAUAAGGGAGUUGAUGGGAGGGGAGAAGGGGAAGGAGAUGAGGAAGAAGGCAGCGGAGUGGAAAGAGAGAGCGGUGAGGGCAACACAACCAGGUGGGUCCUCGUUCUUGAACUUGGACAGGUUGGUCAACGAGGUGCUGCUGCUUUGAAUGCACGUUAGUUACUGCUUUGUUGGAUGGGUGUAUCAGAUCAUUCGAUCUAUCCUUAGCUUUCAGAUAUGUUAUCAAAUCUAAUGUUCCUCUUCGAUACCUUUGUUUUCUUCCGGAUAAAUAAUGGACUUUCGGAUAUCAAAUCUAA